AUGGGCAAGGAAAGCGAUGCAGAAAGUAGAAGUGCGGCCGAAUACGCCCUCGCCCAGCAAUGUUUCCGUGACCACCGAGGCGCUCCAUAUCGAUUCCAAGACCAAAUCCGUGACAUGAGAGAGACGAUCCAACAGGUAGAGUCGGAUGGAUUGAUCCACCAGCCUGGCCUCGUCGCUACGCAUCUCCCAUUUACAGAAAUCGACUUGGAUCUCAUUGAUGGCCCAGAACCGAUGUUGGCUAGCCCAUGUUCACCCCCAGAUCCUACCAUCUCAGCUUCAUUUAUUGACCCUGCAGCCUUUCGGACCUUCAGAGAGUUGCGGAUUUCUCCAGAGCCAUUAGAUCUCGGAUUUGAUAUCAAGAAAGAUACUCAACAAUUCUUGGACGAUAUUUACUCGAAACGCUUCUGCAAUGUGCUGAACGAGUGGCUCCCCCUGAGCCCAGUCAAUACCGACAAGGAUCAAGGAUUGGAGUUCUCCUCCGCCUCUUCGAGGUGGCAGAUGUUGGCCCUUCGAGAAAUCAAUCGUAAGAACAUUGAAGUGUCCGAUGCGGCGAAACAAUUGGUGCGUAUCGCAGAGGACACGACUGUAGCUCAGACGACAUGGCUGAGCGGGGAGGCUUUGGGACUGAACAGGGCAAUCUACCUAGAACCUGUGUCACCUCCUCUUUCUCCAUCUUCAAGCUUGGAUGAUCCCUUUGUCCCAAGUCGCUGUGUCACCAUUAUCGAUUUGACAUCGGAGCCAAGCAGCCCUCUGAAUUCUCCCGUCGCGAAACUGCAGAAGGACCUUCAAAAUGGAUGUGUGGACUCCGAACCCGUGGCACCAUUCUCUUCAUCACGCUCGUCCUCCCCACCAAAUGAGCUUCAAUGCUUUGGGUCGCCGCGUUGCAAGAAGUCAACCCUCAAGCUUGAUGUCCCGCUAGUAAUCUCCAGUCCAUUUCAACUCGAACCCAGCAACUCCUUUACGGAUGCUGUAGGAGAGAGCAGCCUCGACACUGAAGAGAUAGAGUUACAGCCCACAGGCGCCGCCCACGGAUUUUUCGACGAGGCAAUGGAAGCUAUCAUAGACUCCGGCCACGAACGUACAGUACGGAGGCUGGAAGACGAACGGCUUAACCCAACCGACUCAUUCCUGAGAGUGCAAGUGCCUACUCUCAGCUUCGAUCACCCGGAACCUGAAUGGAAGGAUCAUCUAUCAAGUCCCGGGGCUCAAUUCAAGUGGAUAAAGAGAGCAAUGCCAAUCGCCUUCCAGCUUCCCCCAGCCAGCUCGCUUGCACAGCUGGGAACUUCGUUGAAGUGGACGCCGAUACCACCUGGAACUGGUCGAGUGUCUUCGGUUGAAUCCCUGGAACCUCUGAGUUCAGCAAGUCGGCACUACCUUAUGAUCGAGAUCCCCCGUCUUGGCAGUGGGGAUUACGUUUCGAAGACCACGAAUUUGUCGAUCCUUCGUAUCUUUGACGACGAAGAGAUCGAACCCGACACAUCACUUGUUGAAGAUACGAGCUGUGCACCAAUUUCAGUGGCGUCUUCGGCCAAAACUUCGUCUGCCAACGACCAGCAGGGUUCUCUAGACGCGUGGUGGAAGGCCCAUCUUCCGAUUGCUCAAUCAUCGAGAAAGAAGGCGAUAAUAAGAUCCAAUAACCUCUUACCACAUACAAACGACUCGAGUGCCACAAGCAAGCUUUUGUCAAGCUUCAUUCAACUUCGACGUCCUAAAAGAUUCAAGCUCUCAGAGGACUUUCCACAACACGCCAGACCCGUCAGCGAAGACGUCUCAAAGCAUCUCGCUCCGACUAGUCUGCGACAGAACUUGCAAGAUGACACCGACCCCAAUAUUCCCAAGGCGCCAGUCCCGACGUUUUGCAUUCCAUUCGAAAAGUGCCGUUUCGUGGUAUCCAUGAGUCUAAAUCGAACCGUCUUGUGCUACAUCGAGAAGACAUGGCCUCAAGUAGAGCUGAUAGACAAGGACUUCUCACAGUACAACGAAACUAAAUGGUCCCCUGGCUCAACCCAACGUCAAGAAGUCAAAUCUAUCCUAUCGUCUGAAGCCGAUAUUGCCCUGUCGCCAAGUGCAGGAAUCAUACUUACAACGAUGCUCAAGGUGAAGCAGAAACCCCUUCCAGGCUCAAACUCACCCACACCACUGCGCAGCCAAGUCCAGCGAGUAAGCGAAAAGUACGAAUCUCUUUACAUCAUCGUCUCAGAGGGGAACCCGCAGGGAGAAUACGUCGGCACGCCGAGCGCUUCCGACAUGACCGCCUAUGCCGACUUUGUACGAUUCACAACUUCUCUCCAAGCUGGCGUCACCACAGAGCUCAUCCACGGAGCCGAAGAAACCUUAGGCAAAUGGACAUUGGCCCUGAUGUCGAGAUUCGCCGCAGAGUCUUUGCAGUUUGCGCACCUCGUCAACGCCGAGGAUACGGAAUGGGGGCUUUUUCUACGACGUGCUGGGAUGAACAUUAUCGCAUCGCAGGUCCUCGAAGGGCUGCUCGUCACUGAAUACGGAGACUUGGGAAUGGUCCGCUUCUUGGCAGCAUCGUGUGAGGAGAGGGUGUUGAAGUAUGGUCAGAUGAUGGGAGGCAACAGGGUUCUGGCGAAUGUUAGUCGGCAGCUGGACAAGGGGUGA